UCAAAAUUGAAAACAAAAUAACUUGCAUUCUGCUCCAAAUAACUCCAAAUUGAAAUGAAGGAAAACUCCUCCAAUUUCACACAAGCCCAAAAUCUAUCUGAAAAUUCAUCAUACGUUGCUUCCGUCGCCGCCGCCAGAAUACUCAACGGCUCCAACAUCCUCCUCAGCGACUACGCCUCCGACGCUCACCCACGCUUGCCCCUCCGAUGGCCUCCCCUCUCAGUUAGCGACGCGCCGCCUUACUCUGUCCGUUCAUCCAUGUCCUCUGACGGUGCGAGUCCGCCGGAAGCCGCGUCUGUGUCUACCAUCGAGAUUCAGAUUCAAACACUGCAUAUUGACAUGGAUCGAGAUUUGAUAAUUGAAAUCCUUUUGAGGUUGCCGGUGAAGUCUAUUGUACGAUUCAAGGCUGUGUGCAAGUUAUGGAGAUCUCUCAUAUCCGAUCCCCUCUUUGCAUCAUUACAUUUUCAACGUGCUGCUCCUUCACUCCUUUUCGCUGACUCUCAUGCCAUUCGAACCAUUGACUUAGAGGGACCGCUUCAAUCUCAUCGUGUUUCUCAACCAAUCAAUUGUCACUUUUUGUCUAAUUAUCAUGAUUUAUCGUCUAAACACGGUAACCGUAUUUCGAUUGAAGGUUCGUGUAGAGGCUUUCUGCUAAUCACCUGGAUUAUUAAUAUUAGUCAUCAGCACCCGUGGAAUGAUAGUCUCUACCUGUGGAAUCCAUCCACACAUGUCCACAAACCAAUACCUUCAUCUCCUGUUGUUGACACCAAUGUUUUUAAUCAUCUAUUUGGAUUUGGUUACGAUUCCUCGACAGAUGACUACUUGGUGGUUCGAGUGCCCGUGGCGGACGGUAACCAACCUACUCAUUUACCAGAUGUGCAGUUUUUCUCAUUGAGAGCUAAUAUGUGGAAAUAUACUGAGGGUGUUGAUUUGCCUCCCUUGACCACUAUUGACACUUGUACUGGGUUGCUCUUUAACGAGGCUAUUCACUGGGCGGUUAGUAACUGGGUCGAUGGUGUUACGACCAUGUUUAUUAUUGCCUUUGAUUUAAUGGAAAAGAGACUCUUAGAGAUACCCAUGCCUCAUGGUCUUCUUUUCCCUUGGUUUAAUUUGUGGGUGCAUGGAAGAUUUUUAAGUCUAUCAAUUAUGCAGAGAGAUGGUACAUGUGAAAUAUGGGUUAUGAAGAAAUACAAAGUACAGACAUCUUGGACCAAGACUGUUCUAUCUACGGGGAGCUUUCACUUCCCAAUAUGCUCUACAAAAGGUGGUGAUAUUGUUUUAGAUUCUGGAACAAAAGUGAAAAAGUAUAGUGAUGAAGGAGUAGAACAAGAAGAACAACUAGAGUAUCCGAACCAUUGUGGUUUACUAGAUGCAUCAGUGCCCAUAUAUACAGAGUCAAUGCUUUCACUCCCUGAUGUUAGCGACUGAAAUCUCCACAAGAGCUUCGAUUUGUAACAGCAGUUAGUGGGGCUGGUAGCAUCAUUCACGUAUAUUGGUGAAGUGAUCAAUGAAAAAUUGGCACAAACAGAAGCUGAAAUCCUUCAUAGAGGUCCAUGGAGAAGAAAGGAAGCCAUGGGGAGUCCAUUAGGAUCUUGACUACAAGGUCAAUUGAUUUCAAAUCAUUGGAACAAAUGUUUUAUUUGCAAUUUAAUCUCUACCAAUAAUAGCUCGGUUAAUUUAUUUGUAAUCAGAGUUUUUUUCUACAUUCUCAUUAUAUUUUGGAUUAAUGGUAUAUUAAACUAUUUGUGUGACAACUUUUUUUAAUUGUUAGAACAUUUAUUUAUAUCAA